GACACUGCAAAUAAUCUCAUUGAUUACUUGCCCAGCAAUAGUAAUACCGCACUACCCAAACUGAGACUGACUGCACGGCCACUGGUGAUGGUGUACAUAAACCUGCCCACGAGGAUGACACCGAUACCUGCAGUAUCCCACAUCCGCACCCGACGGCAUUAU